AUGGCCGUCGUCAAGACCUCGGAGAUGGACUACGCCAUCAAGCCUGAAGCGUCCGUUCCUUCCGUUGAUACAUCGGAUUGGCCGCUUCUGCUUAAGAACUAUGAGAAGCUGCUCGUUCGGACCGGUCACUUCACCCCUAUCCCUGCUGGCUCCUCUCCCCUGAGCCGUGACUUGAAGUCAUACGUCAGCUCCGGUGUCAUCAACCUUGACAAGCCCUCCAACCCUUCCAGUCAUGAAGUCGUGGCUUGGAUGAAGCGGAUCCUCAGAUCCGAGAAGACUGGUCACAGUGGUACCCUUGAUCCCAAGGUUACUGGUUGUUUGAUCGUCUGCAUUGACCGUGCCACCCGCCUGGUCAAGUCCCAGCAGGGUGCCGGUAAGGAGUAUGUCUGCGUGAUCCGUCUCCACGACAAGAUCCCCGGUGGCGAGGCCCAGUUCGUCCGCGCUCUGGAGACCCUGACCGGUGCGCUCUUCCAGCGCCCCCCUCUGAUCUCUGCCGUCAAGCGCCAGCUCCGUAUCCGUACCAUCCACGAGAGCAAGAACUACGAGUUCGACAAUGAGCGCCACCUCGGUGUCUUCUGGGUCAGCUGUGAGGCUGGUACCUACAUCCGUACCCUCUGUGUCCACCUGGGUCUUCUCCUUGGUGUCGGUGCCCACAUGCAGGAACUUCGCCGUGUUCGCUCUGGAGCCAUGGCUGAGGGCCCUGGUAUGGUCACUCUGCACGAUGUUAUGGACGCCCAGUGGGUCUACGACAACAACCGCGACGAGUCUUACCUCCGCAAGGUCAUCAGCCCUCUUGAGUCUCUGCUCACCGGCUACAAGCGUAUUGUCGUCAAGGACAGCGCUGUCAACGCCGUCUGCUACGGUGCCAAGCUCAUGAUUCCCGGUCUUCUCCGUUAUGAGGCCGGUAUUGAGUGCCACGAGGAGGUUGUCCUCAUGACCACCAAGGGUGAGGCUAUCGCCAUUGGUAUCGCUCAGAUGUCCACUGUCGAGCUCACCACCUGCGACCACGGCGUUGUUGCCAAGGUCAAGCGUUGCAUCAUGGAGCGUGACCUCUACCCCCGCCGCUGGGGCUUGGGACCCACUGCCCUUGAGAAGAAGAAGAUGAAGACCGCUGGAACUCUCGAUAAAUUCGGCCGCACCAACGAGGCCACUCCCGCUCAGUGGAAGAGCGAGUACAAGGACUUCAACCUUCCUAUUACCGGAACCGCCGCUGUUGCGCCCGCCGGUGAGACUAAGACCGAGACUGAGGCCCCCAAGGCUGAGUCCCCCGAGCCCGUGAAGGAGGAGGUCGAGGACAAGAAGCGCAAGCGCGACGGCGAGACAGCCGAGGAGAAGGCCGAGCGCAAGAAGAAGAAGAAGGAGAAGAAGGAGAAGAAGGAGCGCCGGAAGUCCAAGCAGGAUGAUAGCGAUGACAGCGACUAG